UCUUGUCUGCUCCUCAAUGCUUCCAGUAGCAUCUUAGGUGAUGGGGAGGAGAGCAUGUCAUACACAAACAAAUAGAAGAUUUGGGGGGAGGUAGAGAGGGUAAAACUAGUUGCCAUUCAGUGACAUAGUUCACUGUUCUACCAUCUUGCACAAUAUUUGGUGAAGAAAUUGUGGUUUACUUUGUGUCUAUUACUAUUUUCAUCUGUAGGGAUCAACUUAAAGGGGGCCUUUUUUUACCCAAACUUACUCAUGACUCAAAUUUUAUUCAUUGCUCUUCAGCUCCUUUAUACUACCCCACUCCUUGUUACGAACCUCAUGGGAAGGCCAUGCUUUUAAGUGUGCCCCUCCCCCUUUCAUCUACACCCAUCCCUCUUAGGUCUUACAGGGUAGAGUGUUUAGGCAAAUCAGAUAGUGGCUUCCCUUUGUAAUACACACUAGUCCAGAGCCCUUAAAACAAGACAGGUAUUUUUGGUACAUGCACAGAUUUUUUUAAAAAUGGACAAUUGCAGAAAUUAAAGCCAACAGCAAAAUAAAAACAACUUCUAGAUGUUGGCCACAUACAGAUAUUUUGGUGUUCUGAAAGGGUAGCAAGUUAAUUAAUUAUUACAGUAUUUUUUAUUAUCGGGGAGAGGUGAUCACAAGAUUUCCUGCCACAAGCGCAGAAAAUAAUUUCAUGAGCUUUGGAAACUAUGCAACUUGACUUGGGGGUGGCGUGGAGAGAUUUCUGCUCCACCUGAGGCAACAAAAUGCUUUGGGCUGUUCCUGUUCAUAAUGAAGAAACCUCAUUUUCAAAGAGGAUGCUAGCAAAGGGGUUGCCUUUAGUUUCUGUGAUGCUGGUCCAGUCGGUUAUCCAGUAGAUCAGAGCUCAUUUAAGAUCUUGUAAGUUGGCCAUCCAGCACAACUGUCCCACACUCAAGUAAAUAGUCGCAUUACUUCCUCAGAAGCUAGAAUUUCCACAAUAUAUUUAUUGUGGGUUCUUAUCUUUAAAAGAUGAAAACAUCCCGCUAGCAGGCUCUGACGUAUGGAUAAUGGGUUAAUGUUCAGGCGGUGAGAAACAAGCCACUGAUGUACAGACCAAAAUAGAGGUUUGGUAGCCUGAAGUCCACAUUUCCUCCGUAUGGGGAAUCUAGUGCUCUGGAUAGUAUACUGCCCCAUCAUUCCUGGUGAUUUUGUCAUUCUGGCUGGGGCUGAUGGGAUUUAGGAAUCCAGCACCACAGGUUCUAACCCCUUCCUUUAAGAUGUCUUACUGGAAUACACUGGAAAACAUCCCUAGCACAGUUUUCUGUGUCUAUUGAUGGGUCGCCCUCUAGGAAGCACAUCCUGAAAGUGACGACGACCCUGUGUUUGCCCCCAGCACCUGAUAUGCAGGGAUAUACUUUUGCUGAACAUUGGACAUUCAGUGGCGAGAAAAACUUUGUUAGGUUUUGUCUGUCCCAUGCAACCAAAAUGGAAUGAAAGAAAGCCUCUGGGAAAAGAGGCAGCCCUACUCUGUUAAUUUAACAUUGUCUAGCAUUUAAUGUUGGGUGUGGUUUGUAGGUGGCGCAAAUCAGAGAUUCAUGCUGAAACUGGGGGGGGAACGGAUACUGGUGUGGCAAUAAUAGGAAAUGAGAUGCCAGACUUUGCAGCAGCGCAGUCUCCAUGCAAGUCGGCCGCAGAGGACUGGAUGAAGCAACAGCAUGGAGCCUGCCAUCGAAACGAAGUGGAUCCUCAAAGCUGCUUUCUUUCUCUGCCUUGGCUGGUGUUCUGCAGUCUCUUCAGAUUUCAACAUCAUUGAUACAGAGACUCCGGUGUUUUUCCAAGGUGACAAGGCCCCUCAGUUUGGCUACCGGGUUGUCCAGACGAGAGCAGACGAUGGCACGUCCUGGUUGGUAGUGAGUGCCCCCAUGUCAGGCAACCGGACGGGAUCGCUUUUCCGCUGCUCGUAUGAUACAGAGAAGUGCCAGCCAGUGGUUCUCCACCACAACAAUACCUCUGGAAUAUCUCUGGGACUUUCGCUGGCUGCCGAUAAAUCAGACUCCAAAAUAAUAGCCUGUGGCCCAACAUGGGAGCGUCGAUGUGGGGACUUUGAUUAUCUGAAUGGUGUCUGCUAUAUCAUGAGCAAUUUUAACCAACCUGCCAAAGAGAUCCAUCCAGCUUUCCAAGAGUGCACUGUUGGCGUGGAUGCUGUGAUCUUAUUUGACGACUCUGGGAGCAUUUCUGAUGGUUCCUUUCUCACAGUGAAGAACUUCACCCUUCAGCUAAUGGCUUCUGUUUCUGAGGCAGAUGUGCAGUUUGCUAUGGUCCAGUUUUCCACUGAAGUCAACCUGGUUUUUGAUUUUAACUACUACAAUGCAUUUAAAAGCAAGGUGAAGGAAAUAGUCGACGCAAUUCAACAGACCAAAGGAAAUACUCACACCCCGACUGCCAUCCGCUAUGUGGUGGAUAAAGUCUUCUUACCCAAGCUUGGCAUGCGACCUCACAGCAAGAAACUCCUCAUUGUCUUGACCGAUGGCGUAUCCAAUGACAGGAAAACCACAUUUGAAGUCGCUAUACAGGCUGCAGAUAAGAAAGGCAUCAUCCGUUAUGCCAUUGGGGUUGGCAAACAAACUAGAACAGAUGAGCUGAACACAAUUGCUUCGUCACCUAAUAAUGUUUUCGAAGUCGACAGCUUUGAUGCGCUCAGUAGCAUUCAGAACCAGCUGAAGGACAAGAUCUUUGCCAUUGAAGGGACCUCUGGAAUCUCUGCUGGCAAUUCAUUUCAAAAAGAACUUUCUCAGGGAGGAUUCAGUGCCCUCCUCACCCCAGAACAUGUGGUGACUGGAGCUGUUGGUGCUCACACUUGGUCUGGGGGUUUGGAGGAACAGUCUUUGGGAGACCCUCCCCAAAUCCAAUUCCUGAACAUUUCCUUCAAUGUCUCAUAUCUGGGCUAUUCGGUGGCUGUAGCUCAACAUGGGCAGAAGCAGUUCUAUAUAGCUGGGGCUCCACGAUACCAGCAUGUCGGAGCUGUCGCAGUCUUUGAAAGCCGGAGUAAGCGCUUGGUGGUAUUCUCUGAAGGGGAUCAGUUGGGUUCUUACUAUGGGGCUGAGGUCUGCUCCGUUGACCUAGAUGAAGACAACAAUACUGACCUUGUUCUGAUUGGGGCUCCCCAUUAUUACAGUAAGAACCAAGGUGGGCUUGUUGAUGUCCGCUCUAUGAAUGACCAGGGUCACCUUGUUUCCCUCCAAACGCUUCGUGGGGAUCCUGGCAGCAGCUUUGGCCGUUUUGGGGCAGCACUCUGCGCUUUAGGGGACAUAAGCGGGGAUGGCUUUGCAGAUGUGGCGAUCGGAGCUCCCAUGGAGGAUGAAGAUUGUGGGGCCAUUUACAUCUUCCUGGGAGAAGCAGGCGGGCUGAAGAAACACCACGGCCAGCGGAUUGCUGCCAAGUCUCUCUCCCUGGUGCUCCAUUAUUUCGGACAGUCCAUCCAAGGAAGAAUGGAUCUGAGCGAGGAUGGGCUGACUGACCUGGCUGUUGGGGCACUAGGAAGCGCAGUGCUGCUUCGAUCUCGUCCUGUUUUCACAAUCAACUCUUCGCUGACUUUCUCUCAUCGCUGGAUCCCCUUGGAUGACCCUAAGUGUGGAAGCGGGAACGUUUCAGGAAUUGCCCCCCGUGGGAAAACCAGUCUUUGCUUCAACCUAAAACUCAUCAGCACAAAAUGGACCCACGGUGCCCUGCAAGCUGCGAUCUCAUUUACUCUCCGGUCUGAUGCUAAGCAGUCCCCAUCACGCCUGACGCUAGAGAAUGAGGCUUCCACAUUCUCAGACACCAUUCUGGUUGGAACUAAGCGAGUCUGCGUCGAAAAGAUUCUCCAUGCUCCACUCUGCCUGGAUGAUUCCUUCUCUCCACUUGUGCUGCGGGCGGAUGUAACAGCCAAGGGGGAACCAGAAGCCUCUGCAAGGAACCUACGCCCUGUCCUGGACCCUGCAACUAAUUUGUCCACUGAGAUCAAGGUUCCCUUCAAGCAAGACUGCGGCCUCGAUAAAAUUUGUGUAGCUGAUCUUCGAAUCUCCUUUAACUUUUCAGGGUCGAAUGGUCUUAAACUGAGUCCAAAUUUCAUACUGAACUUAACACUGAAACUAGAAAACGUGGGAGAGGCAGCGUACAACCCACACCUUUCAUUUUACUACUCUUCUGUUUUGUCCUUCCGAGGGCAUUCCGUUCUUCAGUCCAAUUGGCGUCUCUCCCCGGCCUGCCAAAUGCAUGGACCCCAAGGAAAUGCGUCAGUUCGUCACAGCUCCUGCCGCUUCAACCCACCAGUCCUCAAGGGAGGCACCCAGGCCGUACUCCAGAUUUCCCUCCAGUCCUCGAAAGGCGACUCCUGGAAUGACACUUUUGCUUACUUUGAUAUCCAAGCCCACAGUGAGAAUGAGAACGACACACUGAGCGACAACAAGGCCACAGGCCGGCUACCUGUGCUGCACCGAGUCAACGUCAUUGUCAAGGGGCUGGCGUCCACGGCGUACCUCAAUUUCUCCACCAAGAUGCCAGAGAAGAAGACUCUCAUACAUGCCUUUGAGGUUAGAAAUUUGGAUUCGACCGCUACUCCAGUCAACGUGACCUUUGAACUCCCCUUCAACACUGAAGUUGGAUUCUCCUGGAAUGUAACCCCAUCCCACAGGGAUGUGAUAAACCCAUCCUCAUGUCCGAUAAUGCCCUUGCUCAGAACAAGACACAAGACUGAAGACCUCAAAGGACCCAUCACAAGAGGGUGCCUGGGGGCCACUGUCUGCUCCACAUUCCAGUGCCUGAUCUCCAAUCUCUCUCGGGGACAGUGGGUCAAGUUCAAAUUUUCAUGGAAUUUCAGCAUAGACGACAUCGCUAGCAAGCUGACGGCCCAGAAACUCCAUCUUCGGAGCGAAGCCUCUGCGGUGGUUGAUGAGACCAGGUUUUUUCAGCCAGAAGAAUUUCAGUUCAGUCAGAUUAGCACUGAAGUUGAGCUGAUUUCACCAUUCAAUCCCAUUCCCAUCAUCGUUGGCAGCACCAUUGGAGGAAUCCUGCUCUUGGCCAUCAUCGUGGCAGUCCUGUUUAAGUUUGGAUUCUUCAAACGCAAUCGAGUGUCCCUAGCAGAUGAAAUUGCGUCAGAACCAGCUGGGCCCGGGGAACAAACUCCUCAAGCAACCAACUAGCUUACAAGGGAAGGAGGAAUCAUGUGGAUCUGGGAGGCAGGACCUAAGGAUUCCCUGGGCGAGAGGAAUGGGAUUUGAGAGGAGGGGUCUGGGAUCCAGGUAGAAAGCUAAACUUAAGAAAAGGUAUGUUUUGAAGGAAAAGCAAGAAGUCU